AUGGGUAAAGGACUCGCCAGACUCAUUGGCUCCGGUAUUGCUUUUACUUCUGAAGCUGCCCAUGCAGCCCGACACCGAAACAAAGAUUCUGUGUCAGUUUCAGAGACCCCUCGCUCUAUCUCUGGCGUAGAAAGCGAUUGUGGGGACUCGGUCGGUGCAGAUAGUCGGACGACUUAUACAGUCGGCCUCGAAGGUCGUGCAGAGCUACCCAAUCGUGAGGGCCGCUCAGAGUGGGGCAGCGAGAAAGGGCUCCCAACAGGAGAUGAAGUUCCACCAUACUCACCCGGCUUGGAACGACAGAGGGAUAUAAACAAAGCGAGAUGUUCAUCGGAAGUCGAAGAAAAGAGAGGGUACCACUCUUUUGAGACAGGAAAAGACACCGAAACCCCCACUUUCGAUACCAGAAACGACCGUGAGCGCUCGAUGGAUGGAGAUGAGGCUGCCUGGCAACUCGACGAAGCGACCGAAGAAUUCGGAUUGCCCACAUAUGAUCAAACAGAAACUCACCCUGGUCCGAAAGGUGCUCAGAAAGACUUCGACAUGAGUGUUGAUAAUGACCCCGAUGAGAUUAGUGCACAGGACUCUGAAGAUGAGAAGGCGAAGAAAAGAGAGCGCAUGAUUCGCUCACUCGUGGCACUGGCUGGGCCACCACCAGCUCAACCGCAGCGACUCCCAUAUCCUGUAAUUAUUCCUCAACGCAGGCCUGGCGCGAAGAAGCGAGGAUUUGUGCGUGCAUAUGCGCCCGUGUUGGCCGACUGCGGUAUCAGCCAAGAUGUGUUCUUGAAGUUCAUCAGCGACUUUCAUAAAGCUAGUCAGGCUUCAAUGUGGCUCCAGGUCAUCGUUUGCGCAGCCAACAUCACUGGCUUCUCCCCUUCAUUAGCAGUUGCGUUGACCGCUGCAGCUAUCCAGAUUGUAGCGGACACAGCACAGCAAUUUCAAAUUCGUCACCGUACCAAUAGCUACCUCGAUAGGGCAAACCAAGAGAUCUUUAUUCCUCGUGGUCAAUACGCGAUGAUCAUGAAAUUUACGGAUCAGCCUCCCAAGCUCACGAAGAAGCAGAAGCAGCAAAGAGAACAGGAUUCGAACUCCCCUAACUCGGAAGCUAAUCGACUUGGCCAACUCUUCUCAACCGAGCAGAUCAAUUUUAAUCAAUCAGGAGCGACAGGUGAGGUCAAUGCCGGCCUGUCUCAGCCCGAAAGACCUGAAUUCGAUGCGGCAGCGACAAUUUCAAAGUACACUCACAGCAAGGAGCACCCACAAAUGAACGCAUGGAAGCAACGCAUGCAGCAUUAUCGAUUGGGAGAUGGCGCAACUAGAGGCGAAAUGCAGCUUCCGGAGUGUGCACCGCUAGUUUUCCCGGAGAUUGACCGAGCUGCUAUACGGGUCAGAGAUGGCCUGGAACCCAAGUCGACUUUCCAGAGUGGAAGAACCUGGGUUCGGGACUACAUCGAUCGAAAGUCCCAGGCAUCAUUCGAAGCCCAGCAUCAGGGUUCUGCGCUGGCUGUUCCCGAGUCCGGACGCAAGGCCUUCACUUCACGCUACAAUGACCCCAACCAUCCCGUGAAUAGUGGAAAACUUCUCACGACCUUGAGCGGUGGCUUGUACCAGCCUAAGCCAAGUCUAUUUGAGCGUGCUGGGGCUGCCAUCAAGGAAUCCCAGGACAAGAAGCGGGCUGCUCAAGGUCUUCCCCCGAGUGAAACCUGGAAAGAGAAGUGGGCCCGAAAGAAGAAGGAAACUGGCAGUAGAAUUAAGAUCCUUGGGGAGGAUGUGAUGUAUCUGAUGAUCGUCAACAUGCCUACCGAGGAAGAGCUGAAGGAGUCCGUUGCUAAGUUACAGUACCUCGCGCAGCAGGGAGACCUUGGAAGGGAUGGGACAGGAGGGAUGGCUCUCGGCCUUGAUGUCUUUGAUGUCACUGAAGUAGUAGCGCUGGCUGCUAAUACUUAG